GAGAAUUUCCGUUUAGUUGCAGCUUAUGUAUCUGGAAGGAUUGGCAAACCACAAGACUAAUGAAAGCAUAACUGAAAGGGGGACAUAUAAUCUUUACUUACUAAAGAGAAAUUUGAAGACUGAAAGGGAUCCUAUUUCGGACGAAAACGUGAUAGCGGCAGUUGAGGAGCUGUCUCAUCUUUUCUCGAGUUUUCGUGGAAAGCUGUCAACUCAACUAGGCAAAUUAUAUGAAACGUCCCUGAAGACUAUAUUUUUGUCUAGUGCAACACAAAGACUAGACGAGAUUUUUGGCCGUCCUGACUCCUUUAUCGUAUUAGAAUCGUUUAUUGGCUGUGGGCCGCCCUUGCUUUUACUGGAGGUUUUUUUGGAAUCGCUCAAACAAAGGAAGGUUUCUAUUUCAUUGUUCGUGAAGUGCAUAAGAAGAGUUUUUUCGAAAGCUGGACUAGUUCAUUUGCUAGACAACUUGUGUUCCUUGAAACUUUGGACAGCACACGAUAUAAGUCUCCUGGUGUCGCUUCCUGACAGAAUUUUCAACUAUGUCAAAAGGGAAAAUAUUAGCUUCGAAUCUGAUGAGUAUUAUGAAAAUCUUUUUGAGGCUAUUUUAGAUAUGCAAGUUCUUCAUUCGCCGAAAGCGAUUGACUCUUUGGCAACAGAUGAAGACAAGUUAAUUUCUACCUUAAUAACUCGCAUUUGUGCUAUUGGACAGUUUAAACAUUUCUUUCAUUGCUGUUUUUCAUUCUAUGACAGGAAAAGUACUGCUUGUCCUACACAGUUGACAUAUUGGCUUGCCAGUGUGUCUCCAGCAUUCAUGGAGAAAAUGCUGUCAGACUUAAUGGCUGUUAUAGAGUCUGAUGAAGGAUGUCUCUCGCUUGUUGAGUUUUGUCUCGUUGAUAUUUCAAAGAGAAAUAGUUUUGCUAGGAAAAGUUUGUUGCUCUUUGUUCCCAGAAGGCAACUAAUAAGCAUUUCCGGAAUUUCCAUAUUGUCCGAGAUAUUUUUGCAUAUUUGUGAUGAAUCUGAACGUCUGCACAUUUUAGAUCAGUUCGUAUCGCUUUGGUCAUCAACCCAACUGGUUUCAUCUCAGAGUAUCCCUUAUCAAUUUCAAAUCACUAGAAUCUUACUAUGUUACCUUAAAGAAGUAGAUUUGGACUACCUUCAUUCUGCUAAAAUACUUCACGCAAUUACCGGUGGCAUUCAGUUUCGGCUUGGAAAUACGGAGGCAGAUGUUAGGUAUAUGGGAUGGACAGUUGGAAAGCAACUUGGACGUAUGUUUAAUGUGGACAGUCCUAUACUCACUGAACAGAUCGAGGAUUUUAAGCCUUCGCAGAACCUCGAAAGUGUAACUUGUUUGCAAUCUUCCCGGAACAAGACUUUUAAAGUUACACCUGAUUCUUUAGAGUCAGAUACCUCAACUUCUGCUGAUUUGAGUUCGAUUGCUCGUAAGAUACCAAGCCUUUCGGUACAAGAUGAGAUAGAAAGGAAGUUUUCGAAACUUAAUGUAAAUGAUGCCAAGGGGAAUAAUGGUUCCGAGUUUUUAGAACCUUACCAAGUUAGUGAUAGUGAUGAAGAAAGCGAAAUAGAAUCAGAUGACGAGGAAACUGACCAUUGUAGAAGAAAAGAAGUAGCACCUUCAACAGUGAGUGAGUUACUAAUUCUUUUUCGGAAAUUCCGGAAGCAAGAAACUGAAGAGUCGUGGAGCCUAUCCUUAUUUAUCAAUGGAUUAAAGCAAUUACAGUCAAUGGUAAAUAGCCGUUCACGUGCCGCAGAAGGUGCUAUAUCAGAAUUAGUUAUGGCUGUGUUUCUUUUGGAUCCGAAUGCAGUUGAUCCUUGCAAGGAAGCAACCCUUUUGGCUGAACUUCGUCAGAGCACAUUACUUCAAUUGGCAGAGUUUUCUCCAUUGAUCUUCUUUAGAAGUCUGAUUUCAAAUGUUUUUCAGUCAGACAACGCACACUUGCAAGAUAAAUGCAAUGCAUUAAAUCUUUUGGUGAAUGCCUCGGAGCAAUUGUCUGGUAAUCGCGAGCUUUUCACAGGAGACAAUAGGACAAGAGAAAAUUCUACAGAACAGAUUGAUCACGAUACUGAAAAUGAAGAACGUUUCACAGGAACAGUCUUGAAAAGUCUUCAUUUUUCGUUGCGUAAAUUGAAACUCCAAAAUUCUCGUAUGAUUAAGAAUAGGUUUUCACCUAUCUCUUUGGAGGCGUUCUUUUCGAUAUGGACUGAAGUUUCCAAGCUCACUCAAAAAAAGGCAAUGUUUCCUGAAAGUCGUGAAGUUCUUCUGGCACAGUCUAUCUCGACUCUCUCAGUUUUCAUUUUCUGUGCUGGCAAAUCCUGCCCUUCCUAUGGAGAAAUGUUACAAGCCCUCACCCAAAUAGCAUUUAUUCAUCUACAGCAUUCAAACUGCAAUAUCCGUCGCAAAGGAAAUAGAACAACGAUAUCGCACGACAUUUUUCCGCAGUCUCGUUGAUCAUUGGAUAGAGACUUCCCGUAAGGAUUCAGAUA